AGCCAGCGCGGUGGCUUGGGGUGCUGAUGCCUUCAGCCGGAGGUCGGUGUUAUGGGGCUGAGCCGCGUGCAAGCUGUUUUCUUUGACCUAGACAACACGCUCAUCGAUACGGCCGGGGCGAGUAGGAAAGGCAUGUUGGAGGUGAUAAAGCUCUUGAAAUCAAAGUAUUUUUACAAAGAUGAGGCUGAAAUCAUCUGUGACAAAGUUCAAGUUAAACUCAGCAAAGAAUGUUUCCAUCCUUCCAGUACCUGCAUUACUGAUUUAAGGACUUCACACUGGGAAGAAGCCAUCCAAGAAACAAAGGGUGGUGUGGCCAACCGAAAGUUAGCUGAAGAAUGUUAUUUCCUAUGGAAAUCUACACGUUUACAGCAUAUGACACUAGCAGAAGAUGUGAAAGCCAUGCUUACAGAACUUCGAAAGGAAGUUCGCCUACUUCUGUUAACAAAUGGAGACAGACAGACCCAGAGAGAGAAAAUUGAGGCUUGUGCCUGUCAGUCCUAUUUUGAUGCUAUUGUUGUGGGUGGAGAGCAGAAAGAGGAAAAGCCAGCACCUUCCAUAUUCUAUUACUGCUGUGAUCUCCUUGGAGUACAGCCUAUAGAUUGCGUGAUGGUUGGUGACACACUAGAAACUGAUAUACAAGGAGGCCUCAAUGCAGGACUGAAAGCAACAGUCUGGAUAAAUAAAAAUGGAAUAGUGCCACUGAAGUCAUCGACCGUGCCACAUUAUGUAAUCUCUUCUGUGCUAGAAUUACCUGCUCUCUUGCAAAGUAUAGAUUGCAAAGUCAUUGUGUCCACUUAAAUUACAUGAAAGGGCAUGAUUUCGAAUUUUACGGUCAGAUUACAAGGUUUGAAAUUCAAAAAGUUAAAACAUUCCAUAUGAUUCACUUCUAAGAAUAAUUUCAUUUAUGAUUUAAUGACCUACCAACCAACCAUUGAUUAGUAUUUAUAUUUGAAAAUGCAUUGUACAAUAAUAAAAGUUACUUUUAGUACUAUAUUCCAGAAGACUUGAGAAGAAGUAUGUAUUAGUGACAUCUUUUAGUAUCUUGGAUCCAUGAAAAUACCACACAGGAAGUUAUACAUGGAUGCACAAAUACAGGUUUUAUGUUCUGGCAUUAAAAAAAAUUUUUUUUAAAGACAUUCUAGAAUGUUCAUACAUGUAGUAGAGAUUUGUAAGUCAUUAGAUCUCAUUAAUAUGAAAUAAGUAUUAAGUCACAUGCAAAUCAAGGCAUUUCAAUUAUGGUGCAUAUUUUUUAAAAGCCAUAUAUAAUAUUUUUGCCUAUUUCAAAUGUUUACAUAUGAAUCUUAAUUUUUCUGCAUGACCUGUUUGGGAGGUCCCUCAGAUUUUCUUAUAUAUAUGUAUAUAUGUGAUAGAUUGUUCUGGUUUAAAAAAAGCUGUUAAAGUCAGUGUGUGGUGCUCCUUUUUCUUGAUUUUUUCUAUCCAGGCUUAGCUUAUAGAUUCCUGUUAGUCUGUAUUUCUUGUGGAGAUAUUUUUACUAUCUUGCAUAUACACAAUGGGCUUGAGGGGAUUAAACAAUUCUGGUGAAAACUACAACAGCAUUAUACCAAGUUAUUGUCCUUCUGGAUGCAGCAGAAUUGCCUUGUACAACUUAACCUUCUCUAGCCCCAACAUCCGUCUAAUGAUUGAAUAGUGCAACCAUGUGAUGAAAACUAGUAGAAAAAUCAGUUUUGUCGUGAACCAUUUUCAAGGAAUCAUUUUAAUAUUUGACUAUUAAAAUUUUAAUUUUAAUCUUUAAAAUUUGGGGAAAUUUUAUUUUGCAAAUUUCUGUGUCCAGUUUUCACUUUGAGCUUACCAAUUAAUGACUCCAUAGCAGACCUCUUGCAACUAGAAAAUUCUAGACCAUAAGGGUGAAAUAUCUCAUGAUUUCAUAACUAAACUUGGAGUAAAAUGAUGGAGAAAAUAAUUAUUUGGAUUAACCUUUGAAUAAGAAACUACUAAUGCAAAAUAUUAGACUCUUGGGAUAUGUAUGGCUAUGACUCCAAUUAACCAAAAUUAUUAUACUUAAAUUCCAAAUUAUGCCUGUUUGCAAGCUUGUUUCUUCUACAAGUUAUUGCCUGUCUACCAGGAACAGAGUUCUCUGCCAUUGUCUCAAAUGCCCUGUUGUUUUCACUUUUGUUGAUUUUGAAAGAUGUAACUUUUGCCCUUGGCUGUCACAGAGUUGUUCUUGUUAUAAAGCUGAACAUUUAUGAAUAGGUUAUGUUCCAGGUAUGAUGUCCAUGUGACCUCAGUUUUAUUUUUUAGCUAUUUAAAAAUUGUUAAGUUGGAUGAUCUUCCCAGAAAAUAAUUAGAUCAUUUCUACAGUAGAUUUAUGGUGAAGUCUUGUCCCACAGGAUGGAUGUAAGGCAACAGUGCAUUUACAGUGUUAACUAAUAGAAAAUAUGGCUCAUCCGUAAAUCAUAGUGGCAGAUCUCAACAAUAUAGCUCCUAGGAUGUUAGUGAGUAAAACUGAUCUUAGGGAAGAAGGAAAUGAAAUAAUUGAGUUUCCUUAUCUUCACAGUUUACGUAACAGGCUGUAAUGCAAUAUUACAUUCCUUUUGGAUCCUAGAAGAACUUUCGGUUUUCUACCCUUCUGUGUGGGAUGUUACAGAAGAUGCUAAGAAAUCAUUGAGUAAAAUCAUAAAUGAUUUUGUU